CAGGAGACUUCCGGCUUUUAAACUCGGGGUGUUUCUACGCCUCAACACCGCAACCUGUUAGCAAAACUUUAUCAUUACUGCCGCUUUUAAACUAAUUUAUUACAAUGUCCGAUAUUGAAUCCGACGAGUUUGAUGAGGAAAGCAAUAAACUCGGGGAAUAUGAAGGGGACCGAAACGAAGCAGGAGAGAGACAUGGGAGUGGAAAAGCUACCUUGCCUAAAGGAGACGUUUAUCAAGGACGAUAUGAACAUGGCAAAAGACAUGGGAAGGGAACAUAUCGUUUUGUCAAUGGAGCAAGAUAUGUAGGAGACUAUCAUCAAAACAUGAAACAUGGACAAGGCAUUUUCUACUACCCAGAUGGAUCCAAAUAUGAAGGUUCUUGGUCCGAAGACUUGCGACAAGGCCUUGGUGUUUACACUUACUCUAACGGGGACACAUAUGAGGGAGAAUGGCUAAAUCACAUGAGGCACGGUCAGGGCACUUACUGCUACCAGGACACUGGCUCUGUGUACACUGGAAAAUGGGAGAAUGGCAAGAUUGAGUCGGUUGGAGAGUUCAUUCACGCCAACCACAGAUACAAUAGUAACUUUGUCAACAAUAUUCCGUCUGGCCCAGGGAAGUAUGUGUUUGACAUUGGCUGUGAGCAGCAUGGUGAAUACCACCAGAUAGAGCAGGAAAGGGUUGAUGGCGACUGGAAUGAGUCAGGCGGCACUACUAUUCUCAAAUGGUUUCCGAAAUGUAUCACAGGCCUUACUCAACAGGACACAGAGGGUUAUAUCACAGACCUCCCUCAACAGGAGACGGGGGCUUCCCCCGAUGCCAUGCCAGCCCAAAUGGAUCCUCCAAAAGAAGCCUAAGACCAACCUUAGCACACCUUGUACGGUAGUAAUUGAUGGACCAUAUCGGAUGUACAGUAAAUUACCACACAUUUAAACACCAUGUCAAGAGCACAAAAUGGCCCUUUUUAGUUUUGGAUCAGUUUGAGCCUAUAAUGUCAACUUUUUAUAAAAAUAUUAUAGCUUUAUUUUUAGUAUUUAAACUGGUUGUGUUUUUUCAGGUCUCAGUUGAGAUUGUGUCACCUUUGUUCCAUCCCAAAGUGCUGAGGAAUCAUAAUUUGUUUUUUAUAACUGACAGUGAGUACUCUCCCACAGUUAAAGACCAUAGUGACUGUAAAGCUCUGCUCCCUGGAAAACUGCACGCACUCUUUCGCCUUUUAAACUUUCCUAAACUUGUCCUCUAAACAAUUGUCUGCCCCUGUCUAAAUAGUUGUUUUUUUACUUCAAUUUGUACUGGAACAAUAAUUGCAAAAUAUAAAAGAAUAAUAAUAAAGGCAUACAGUAGAUACGGUGUUCAACUUUUAAUCAAAUAAAUACAUUUAUUAAGUACAUUGAAAUAGUUGUAAUUUACUAAACAUUAUUACAAUUAUUUGGAAUGUUUAAAAAAUCUCAAAAAAAAGUGUAGCUGAUUGAUGAAUGUUAGAUAGUAUCAAUGAAAAGACAUUCAUCUCCAAAUGUAUUUUUUAUACUAUCCAAAAAAUGUACACAAUUAUAAUUGUAUUUUACAUAGUUUGUAAUCUUGUUUUAGUUUUUAUUGAAAUACAAUGCCAGAAGAAAAAAGCACUUGAGACAUGGGUUACAUUUUUUUCAUUAGAAAGCAAACAAUUUUUGCCAAGCUAG